UCUUAUAUCACCAAUCAUCAUCACUCAGUUAAAGUGCUCGUUUCCUUUACUUCUAUUUCACAUGUUUCUUCUAAGACUCCCUUCAAUUUUUCUGCGCAUUCCGAUCCACAAAUAAGACAGGGAAUUCAUAGGCUAGAAGUCUGGAACGUCUGGGUGACAAGGGAACCAUCAGUUCCCGAUCAACAAACGAGCGAUAAGUAAUGGCCGGCAACGGGAUGGAAACGCCGUUCGAUGUCGUGGGGAAUGGCUACACGAUCCGGCAUUCCACGGAGCACCAUGUCGUCCUGCAAAGCGUCAGCCCGUUUAAUGUACCGGACAUCAUGCCAGCGUACCCUGCGCGCGACAGCGCAAACGCUCCGCACAAUCGGCAUCGUCUGGCUGAACAGCGGCAGCUGGAAACGGGAGUGCUGGACUUGCUGACACAUUACCAACUGGCCAACAUGGAAUCGGGGGUGACGGAUGACAAAGUCGUGACGUGUCGCGCUAUGUACACUUUCCAGAAGGAUCUUCAGCACCUGCAGUCGACAGCGUGGAAUGAUUACGGUCAGGGUGCCCUGCAGCGCGUUCGUGAGGCAUGGACGGGUCACGAAAUUUCUCCCUUGCCAACUUGGCUGGAGAAUGGCGUGGGACUGCAAGUGUAUUUCGAGAAAAAGGUGGCGACGAACCGUGCGCACUCUUCCAGUGACAAAUCGAAGCGGGGCUUUGAGAUUCCGUGGGUGGCUGCGAUCCAUCUGCAACGCGCAGCGGACGACUGUACCCUGACGUCCGUGCAGCUGGCCUUCAUCAACCCGGACUACUACGGAAGCCCCACUGUCUACAUCAACAUGGCACCGACCCAUGCCACCAAUAUGGGCUGCAUCAACAAUAUCCUGAAGAACAUCCGUGGUCAGACGUACUCGGAGUGCUGCCAGGAACUGGGCAUCUUCCGCGAAGCUUACUGUUUCGUCACCAUGCGGGUGCCGUUGCGGCGCUUGCUGGGACAAGUGGUCACUGCAUUCCGGCUGACCUUCGCGGAUUGCCAGGCACUCCCGGACACGAGCGAGCUGGCCGUGUGGGGAACGGAUAAGGUCGUGCUGAAAACACGACAGGGUGACGUCAAGACAGAUCGCCAAGCCCUGGUUCGUAUAUCCUCGAAAAUGCGAGCCAUCUUCUCAACAAGCGGGCAGGGUAAAUUCAGCUCCUACGAAGUGGACUAUAACAAGGCGGUCGUGGUGAGCGUUUUGCAUGCGGCAAUGGCAGGACACGCAUCCCUGCCACUUAAUCCGCAGCGAGCGACUGUGUUGUACCUGUACGAGGCAAUGAAGCUGGCGUUGAGCUGGGAGAUUCCGCAGCUGACACUGUGGACGCAGUUGGCGCUGGUGGAGCGCUUGUGCCAGCCGAUGGCCAGUCUGGAAGCGAUCCCCGUUCGAGAUGCAGUCCGUCUCAUAUGCGACCAGGCCGACCCCCAAGCAGUGGGCAGCCGGAUGAUUGUGUGCGGAUUGGUCAGUAUGCUGCGCAUCUUGCAUUCAGAAACGGCGCGCUGGACUCUGGAUGAACUGAUGGCGUUAAUUGCCGGGAAGCCGGAAUUGUGGAAGAGUGUCAUUCAGCCGCCGCGGUUGGUGCCCGAUACCAGCAUUGUGGUUAGAACUAUGUUCGGUAGAACCUUUACGGUGGCGGUUAAUUUGGCCAAUUGGGUGUACCAGUUGAAAUGCCGGAUCCAGGUCAUGCAAGGUAUUCCCAUGGAACAGCAGCGACUGGUUUUUGAUGGCACACAGCUGAGCGAUAACUUGACCUUAGCCGACUACGGGAUUAAUGCAAAUAGCACAGUACAGCUUGCAUUGCGGCUGAGGGGCUGCUGAUGGAUGGCGCUUAGCCUGAUGAAUGGAUGUUGUAGACUUUUAAGUUUUUAACGA